CAGGGCGGCAGCUCCCCCUCCGUCCCGCCCUCUUGUCCCUUUAAGCGCAGGGCGGCCAGCAGAUCUCCGAUCCUCCUCGGAGCGGAUUACGGCCGCAGCUCAGCGUCUCCUCCGAUCCAUCAGCAGCUGAUCCGGGGGAACAAAGGCAGCCAGAACCGCCCAGCGCCAUGGACUUCAACGUGAAGAAGUUGGCCUCCGAUGCGGGGGUGUUCUUCACCCGGGCCGUGCAGUUCACAGAGGAGAAACUGGGCCAGGCUGAGAAAACUGAACUGGACCCUCACCUGGAGAACCUGCUGGCCAAAGCCGACUCCACCAAGAACUGGACUGAGAAGAUCCUGAGACAGACGGAGGUUCUGCUGCAGCCCAACCCGAUCGAUCACACAGGCGCUCGGAUCGAGGAGUACAUCUACGACAAGCUGGACCGGAAGCUUCCGUCCAGAACCACCAACGCUGAACUGCUGGGCCAGUUCAUGCUGGACGCCGCCAAGGAGUUCGGAGCCGACACUCCGUACGGUACCACUCUCAUCACGGUGGGAGAGUACCAGAGGAAGCUGGGCGGAGCCGAGCGGGAGUUCCUCCACACGGCCGCCGUCACCUUCCUGUCGCCGCUGCGCAACUUCCUGGAGGGAGACUGGAGGACCAUCUCUAAGGAGCGGCGGCUCCUGGAGAACCGACGUUUGGACCUGGACAUCUGCAAAGCCCGUCUGAAGAAAGCCAAGCAGGCCGAAGCCAAAGCAGCGGCGACUCCAGACUUCCAGGAGACGCGGCCGAGGAACUACGUCCUGUCGGCCAGCGCGUCGGCGCUGCUGAGCGAGGAAGUGGACAAGGCGGAGCUGGAGCUGCGUGUGGCCCAGACGGAGUUCGACCGGCAGGCGGAGGUCACCCGGCUGCUGCUGGAGGGGAUCAGCAGCACACAUCUGAACCAUCUCAGGUGUCUGCAGGACUUUGCAGAGGCUCAGGCCACGUACUUCGCUCAGUGUCAUCACUACAUGCAGGACCUGCAGAGGGAGCUGAACAGAUGUGCGAACUCGGCCGUCGGCCCCCCGCCGCCCUCCGGCGCCGGCUCCGACCCGGUUCCGACCGCCUUCCCGUCCGGCCGCCUGUCUCCCGGCGCCUCGGGCUCCAGGAAGGCCAAGGUUCUGUACGACUACGACGCUCACGAUACCAGCGAACUGUCCCUGCUGGCCGACGAGGUCAUCACCGUCUACACGGUACCAGGAAUGGAUCCUGAUUGGCUAGUUGGAGAGCGGGGCAACGAGAAAGGCAAAGUACCUGUGACGUACCUGGAGCUGCUAAGCUAAUGGACCGUUAGCAUUCUGUUUGAUGAAACAUCUGAACCGUCUGGUAGACUCAGUUCAGUUUCAGAUUUAGUUCAUUUUCAGUUCAGAUUUAGUUCAGGGAUUUUUAUCCGACACCUUUUCCUGGAGAAAAACCAGAAACGUUUUAGCGAUGCUCUCAUGAAACCAGGAAAGUUUCCUGGAAUCUGAUCCGGUUCAUUAAAUCACACCAAUGUGUAUUUGGGCCCCAUAUGGUUUCUUCUCGGGUCCGAUGGGUUCAAAGUGGAUCUGGGCUCAAAAUGGCUUCCUGUUUGGGACCCAGUUGGGUCAUUAACAGUUUUUAAAGAGCCAUUGUGGGUCCCAGAUUACCCAUCGGUGUCCUGCAUCAGAGGCCAUUAAAACCAACCAGUUAUGCAACCAGUGGUCAGUACCUUAUGGGGCCCAUUUCUCAGUCACUUUCUACUUAAAUGUUGGCUCGUGGCUUUAUGAUGCGUUUUGGUUUUAUCUCUGAAGUUUGAGCUCCUAUCCAGGAAAACUCACCAGUUACAACCAGUAGGCUAAUUAUUUUGGUGCUAACGGCUAGUAGCAAGACAAUAUGAAAACAUUUCCCUCCAUUUUAUUCAUUCUGACACUGAAGGAAAUGUUUAGCUCAAACCAUCAGAACUGCUAGCAAACUGGAUUUCAGCUACAUCGAUGAGCAGCAGCCAUCUUGGAUUCUGAACAUACGGCUGUUUAAGGAACUUUGAAUUUUACAGUCUUAAUUCCAACUUUGGGUUGAAGUUUCAUUUCAUUCAUACUGUAAAGUUUCAGAAAACAUUUCUGGCAUCUGAGUUUAAAAAAAUCACCUGAAAAGUACCAAGAAGGUUGGAAGGUUUUUUUUUAACCAGUUGUAGCCUCAAAAGUCAAAAUGGCUGCCUUGAGUCCUAACAGUCUGCAAGUUGGAAAACAUUUAUUUAACUUUCUGACUGGCUGAAUCUCAUUGGGUCAAUAUCUCACCUGAUACUCAAAAUCAUCUUGUUUACGUGCUCCUUCAGUGUCUGGAUGAUCACCUGCUGAGAAAUUAAUCGCUAUUAGCCUCUGUUAGCAGUUAGCAUCGUAACACAAAAUUAGCAAAUCUUAAUGGUUUUCUGGAUUGUAAUUGAUCAAGUCUAAUUUGGUGAAGAUUUGAGCUUCUUAGCAGCUCCUGAUUGGUUCAGAAGACAGAAACAUGAAGAAUCCCAAGCUAAGCCAGGGAGCUAAUGCUAAAGACGCUAGCAUUGCGCUGAUUUAUAUUUCUGUUUUGUACCUUUUUUUUCAAUGAAUUAAUUAAUUAUUGUCGCAUAUUUUGUUGGUAUUUGUUUGAUUGCACAACAUGUCAACAAAGACCAAGCUAGCUGCUAGCAGCUUUAGCAGUAGCAGCUAGUUUAGCUUGCAGGUUAAAGUGUGUUUUCUUCUGUUUCAAUUAAAAAACAAACAAAGCAAACAAAAAACAAUUUACAUAAAUUAAUUUAGUGGCUUGUUGAUCACAAACUGUUGCCGUUCAUUGACUUGGUGAUGAAUUAUUUUCAUCAUGGCGGCUCAGAGGAACAAUCUGUUAGCCGCUUAGCUAGGAGGCUAACGUCGCCGCAGCCGCUUCCCUCCAAACAAAACUAAUCAGGAUAAAAAUAUUUCUAUUUCCCUUUUCAGCUUUGAUUAUUUUAUACCAAAAACUCAAAUAUUUUCUACAGUCAUAAAAAUUAAUUUUAAUUAAUAAUUAGUCUUAUUUAAAGUCAGAUUACUUGAUGCUCUUCUUCAUUCAUUAUUCUGUUUUUCUGAUGAAUAAAGACGUUAUUACACUUUAACAAAACUAAUGAAAUGAAAAUCCUCCCAGUAAAUGAUUUAAACACGAGUACAAAACGCAGAAUUAGGGAAAUGAAACACUUUGAAAACUAAAAAAGAUCCAUUUAGUAGAUUUCUGUUCCUCAGCAGCUGCUUGCUGUGAACUGGCAGGAAGUGAUGUCAUGGAUCCGACUCAGGAUCAGAUUUAUUUAGAGCGGCGGCGUCAGAUCCGUUUCCCUGUAAACUACGAUUCAUGACGCUGCAGUUUUACUGUUUAUGAGGGAACUGCAGCAGGAUGCAUUUAUUAUCGAUAUUAUUUAGAUUGUUGAAUCAUUGCUGUGAUGCUAAGGUUUAGAACCACAUAUCAGAAAUAUGCAGCUGUAUUCAUAGUAAUAACAAAAUGCAACAACUUAACUGUAAAAACUCACAAACAUUCAGCAGAUUUUUAUUUGAAUCUGAAAUAUUCAGAAACCUGAGAGCCAGGAAUCGACUCCGACCCGUUUCACCAUAAACACGUUUUACUGUCGUCGGUGGAACAUUUUUAUUGGUUGCUGCGGUUUCUGGGGUUGGGUUCAGUUUAACCCUUUAACACCCAAAGAAUCACAAACAUUCAGCUUUUCUCUGUAAACUUAAUUUAAAAUUAUUUAGUAUUUUGUACAAAUGUUGCACCAAAAUGUACAUUUUAUGAUGCGGUGAAUCUCAGCUGUGAUUCACCGCAUCAUCGGGUUUUAACGUGGAAAUAUUCUGAAGAUGAAGAAACUUUAGACUUUCAUUCAGAGAAAACAACAAGCAGUUUCGGCCUAAAACCUAGAAAACAGAACCACAAGCAGAAAGUGGAGGAUGAUUUAGUUUCGGCUGUGAAUGCCGACUCAGCGUCUCUGUCGUCAGACUCGUUCCUCAUCAUGACUCAGCACCUUCUGUCUGUUCGCUCACGCUGCUCUCAAAGCUCUGGGACGGAGCCGCUGUCAGGAAAAACCCUGUCUGGUUGUUUACUUCACAUUUAAAGAUGAAAAAGUUUUUAAAUGUUUUAAAGGAGAAACAAACGAGACGUGAAAUAAAUCUGCUGCGGACAGAGAAACUGACCCAAACCCAGAAAUCACAGCAACCGACAGCAGAUCCACAGGAAACAGCCACUGCUUCUGUGGCUUUGACUGUUUCCAUGACGACGGUGGUGGUCACAUGAUCAAACGGUUUCUGGAUUUAAUCUCUGAGAUUCUCUGAUUUAAGGAUCUGAACUCUGAGGGGAACUGUUGAUGUUCUCAGCACGAUCAGAGCGCGGGCUUUGACUGGACCAUGCGCAGUGUGUGUGUAAAUAAAGUGUCGUUUUGUUGCUUCAGUGUUUUAACUCUUUGGUUAGAUGUGAUUUUUUUGGCGUCUCAUUUCUCCUGGAUUGAUGUUCAAUAAACAGCAUGUGUGUCA